AAUUACAUUUGCAAGCAACUUUUUUUUUUUCUCUCUCUCUCUUUUAUUUUAUUUUUUAUUUCAUUUUCCAACAAUUAGGAAAAUUAACAUAAUGUCAAGCGCAGCAGCUCAAAAUGAAAAGACAGAGUCAUUACCAAAAAGGAAUAGACAUAAUCUAACUCCUUUAGAAGAACAACAAGAGAGAUUAAACAAGUUGUUUGAAAAGAUCGACAAGCCUGUUCACAUUCCUGAAAGACAACAACCCAGAACUGCUCUUCCACCUCCUAAAGAUUUCGUACGCAAUGUAUCAGGUUCAAGUGCCGGUGCUGGUAGUGGUGAUUUCCAUGUUUAUAGAGCACAAAGAAGACGUGAAUUUACUCGAAUAAAGCUCAUGGAAGAUGAAGAAAGAAAAGUAAAGAAGAUAGAGAGUAUAGUGAAAGAUUAAGGCGACUUCGAGAGGAAGAUGAGGAACGUACAGCAAAGAAAAGAGCAAAGCGUCAAAGACGUAAUAAGAAUAAAAAAUCAUCAAAAAAGAGGAGAAUAAAGAAGAACAAGAGAAAAAAGAUGAUAAAAAUGAAGAAGCCGAUGAUACGGAUUAA